AUGGCGACUCUCAGAGUACCAGAUGUGGUUCCUUCUCCAGUGGAAGAUGCUGAACAACUCCGCAAAGCUUUUGAAGGAUGGGGGACAAAUGAGGGGUUGAUCAUUUCGAUAUUGACACACAGGAAUGCAGCUCAGAGAAAAUUAAUUCAGCAGGCAUAUGCAGAAACUUAUGGAGAAGAGCUUCUUAAGUCACUGGACAAAGAGCUCUCAAGUGAAUUUGAGAGGGCUGUGCUGCUGUGGACACUGGUCCCUGCUGAGCGUGAUGCAUUUUUGGCUAAUGAAGCUACAAAGAGGUUCACUUCAAGCAACAAAGUGCUCUUGGAAAUAGCUACUACUAGGUCUUCCCAUGACCUGUUGCUGGUCAAGCAGGCGUAUCAUGCGCGUUUCAAGAAAUCCCUUGAAGAAGAUGUGGCAUACCAUACAUCUGGAGACUUGCGCAAGCUUUUGGUUCCUCUUUUGAGCACUUACCGAUACGAGGGAGAUGAGAUCAGCGUGCCCUUGGCAAAGAAAGAGGCUAAAAUACUUCAUGAGAAAAUCUCAGACAAAGCCUACAAUGAUGAGGAGCUCAUCAGGAUCCUCUCUACCAGGAGUAAAGCACAGCUGAAUGCAACCUUUAAUCACUACAACAAUGAGUUUGGCAAUGCCAUUAACAAGGAUUUGAAGGCUGAUAAAGAUGAUGAGUUCCUCCUGUUACUGAGGCAAACAAUCAAAAGCUUGACCGUCCCUGAAAAAUACUUUGAGAAGGUUCUGCGCCUGGCUCUCAACAAGCUCGGGACGGACGAAGGGGCUCUUACUAGGGUUGUCACCACCCGGGCGGAGGUUGACUUGCAUCGCAUUAAACAAGAAUAUCAUCGCAGGAACAGUGUUCCUUUGGACCAGGCAAUUGUCAAAGACACUUCUGGAGACUAUGAGAAGUUUCUUGUGGAACUGGUUGGACAUGGAGAUGCUUGA